CCCCACUUUCCUUUCCUUCCUCAACCAAAACUCAUCUAGUCGGCACCUCCUUCAUUAUUUAUACGGCUCAAAAAACUUAUAACAACAAAAAAUCACUUAUCUUGAAUAAUCGAUUAUUUAUUCUCUUUAGUUAUAUCACUUUCUUUACAACCUCAAAACAACAAUGUCAUCACCAAACAAACCCAAACCCUUUCUCUCUUGGAAAUCUCGCAUUUCAAUUUCAUUUAUAAGCGCUUUAUCAGACGCAUCACGUCGCUCUAACGGCACCGUUAACCGCCGUUUUCUUAAUUUCUUAGAUCGCAAAUCUUCCCCUAACGCCAUCCCUGUUAACGGCGUUUCCACCAAAGACGUUAUCGUUAACGCAGAAGAUAACGUUUGGUUCCGUCUCUUCACACCCACCGCCGCCGUCAACUCCGCCGGAGAAGAUAACACCGACACCAAAACUGCCACCCUUCCGGUGAUCGUUUUCUUCCAUGGAGGUGGAUUCACCUAUCUCACCCCUGAUUCAUUUGCUUACGAUGCUGUUUGCCGGAGAUUCUGCCGGAAAAUCAAUGCUGUUGUCGUCUCCGUCAACUACCGUCACACACCGGAGCAUCGGUAUCCAUCGCAAUACGAAGACGGAGAAGCUGUUUUGAAAUAUUUGGACGAGAAUAAAACGGUUUUACCGGAAAAUGCUGACGUGUCAAAAUGUUUCCUCGCCGGAGACAGUGCCGGUGCAAAUUUAGCACAUCAUGUUGCGGUUCGGGUUUGUAAAGCGGGGCUCCGGGAAAUCCGGGUUAUUGGGUUGGUAUCCAUCCAGCCGUUUUUUGGAGGGGAGGAGAGGACGGAGGCGGAGAUUAGGCUCGAGGGAUCACCCUUAGUGUCGAUGGCGAGGACGGAUUGGAUGUGGAAAGCGUUUUUACCGGAGGGAUCAGACCGGGAUCAUGGCGCGGUUAAUGUAUGUGGGCCGAACGCGGAGGAUUUGUCGGGUUUGGAUUAUCCGGAUACGCUUGUUUUUAUUGGUGGAUUUGAUCCUUUAAAUGAUUGGCAAAAGAGGUAUUAUGAUUGGUUGAAGAAAUGUGGGAAAAAAGCUGAGUUAAUUCAAUAUCCAAAUAUGAUUCAUGCUUUUUAUAUUUUUCCUGAUUUGCCUGAAUCUGGUCAGUUGAUUAUGCAAGUCAAGGAUUUCAUCAGCAAAGUGUCCAAUUCUAGAUUAUGAUUUUUUUAGUAAUAAUAUUGUUAUGAUUGUUAUAUUAAUAAUAAUAAAUUCAUAGCUGUGUGGUAAUUUGAGGUUUGAUGUACUGUUAGUAGCAAUUAUGGACCACAACAUAUGAGAUGUUUAGGAUAUUUUUUUAUUUUUUUUGCUUUCACAUCGGUUUCAGACCCAUUAAAGGUGGACGAUUAAUCCAGCUAAAUUAACGAGUACAAUGUGGGUGUUCUUAAUUGCAAUGUUUUGUGUUCACAUUUUGGAAGUUUGAUAGUUUGUAUUGAAUUUAUAAUAUGGGUUUGCAUGAUUUGAUAUGCCAAA